CCGACGAAUGACCUUUCCAAAACAAACAUGAAACAAUAAUUAGCAUACUGUAUUACUGUCGCCAUCGUACAGUCGCUGCAUAGUUCAUUUUCGUGUUUUAACUUUUAGACAGUUUUAGUCCAUCAUUCUGCAGCUGCUUAUUUCGUCUUUUUACUUGACCACACACCGUUCACGCAUUGUAAGUGCCGUCGGACCCGUGAAUUUAAAACUCCACGCGAUCCAUUUCGCCACGACGCGGCGUCUGUCUGACAUUCGCGACCUUUUUUGUCUACCAUCAGCUCGGUCUGAUUUUUGAUUUCAGUGCUCACCAGUCCGUCUGGGCUUUUGGUUUAGACUUAAUAUUCUGUUUUCUGUCGAAUACGGAAUAGUUGAAUCAUGGCUCGUACUAAGCAGACCGCUCGUAAAUCCACUGGGGGAAAGGCUCCACGUAAACAGUUAGCCACCAAAGCCGCCCGCAAAAGUGCACCAUCCACAGGUGGAGUAAAGAAACCUCAUCGUUACCGUCCCGGUACUGUAGCUCUUCGUGAGAUUCGUCGUUACCAAAAGUCCACAGAAUUGUUGAUCCGCAAAUUGCCUUUCCAACGUUUGGUCAGAGAAAUUGCUCAAGAUUUCAAAACUGACUUGCGUUUCCAAAGUGCUGCUAUUGGAGCUUUACAGGAGGCUAGUGAAGCAUAUUUGGUUGGUUUAUUUGAAGACACCAACUUAUGUGCUAUCCACGCCAAACGUGUUACCAUUAUGCCUAAAGACAUUCAGUUGGCCAGACGUAUCCGUGGUGAACGAGCUUGAUUCCAUUUUUUCAAGUUUAUUUUUUUUUUCAUUUGAUUUUUUUUCUGAAUUAUCUUUUUACACAUAUAUUUAUAUAUUUCCC